AUGUUUCGAAAGAAAAAAGACAGAAAGGGUGGCGAUGACGACCUUCCAGACGCACCAAACAUGAGUGAUGACGACGAUGCAAUGUGGUUCAAACCAAAGAGUUCUGCUACAGGCACCCCAGACAUGGCUCUUCCGGGCAUGGGCAUUCCACCGCCAGCGCCUCCCAGCGGUAUCAGAAUGAGCAUUUCGCCAAAUAUACCUAGUGCCCGAACGUCGCCAAGCACAUCCUCCUCGCGAAAGCGGUUCUCCGUGAAUGAUCUUGUAGCGGCCAUUAAUUACAAUGAUUGGGCUGCCGUUCUGAAGAUCCUCGAUCAAGACCCAAAGGUGGCUAGCAAAAAUGCUCAAGUGUCUUUGAAAGGACAAACGACUGAAAGUAAUCCACUUCACCUGGUGGUUAUUAAAGAUCCACCGUUGGAGGUGGUGGAAAAAAUGAUAAAAGCUUUCCCUGCAGGUGCAUCCAAUACUGAUCGCCAGGGUGAUCGGACUGCUCUGCACUGGGCAUGUAUUGCGAAUGCUUCCCCUGCCGUUCUUGAAGCUGUGACCCACGCCAAUACUGCGUCCUGCCGGCAUCAAGACAGGAAGUUUGGUAGAACACCGUUGCACUACCUUGCCAUUAUUGCCGAGGACGCUGAUCAGGUCCAUGUGCUGAUGGAGGUGGAACGGCGUGCUGCCAUGAUGAAGGAUUCCGCCCAAAAGACCCCGAUCGAAUUGGCAAAUGACAGCACCAAUCCUUCAAAAGUGGAAAUUGUAGCCGCAUUGCAGCGAAAGAGAUCAUCCGUGAGCGUAUUUGGUGCGCUUAAGAGCAGGACAAAAUUACGAGGGUCAAGUCCAGGAAAGUAUAAGAUGCGGUCUUCGAGUCCAGGAAAGUACUCUGGCAGCACAGAUGAAGCGCCCGCAAGUCCUGGAAAGUUCAAAAUGCGGUCUUCGAGUCUAGGAAAGUACUCCAGCAGUACCACAGAAGUGCCAAAAAGUCCUGGAAAGCACUCAUCUAGAGGAUCGACAAGAGCGAAGAGUCCAGGAAAGUACAGCGAAGGAGCGUCACGGGGAAGGAGAAGCACGGAUGGCGAGAAGGAGGGGUCAUCACGAGGAAGGAGAAGCACGGAUGCUGGUGAAAAGGAGGGAUCGUUGAGAGGAAGAAGAACCACUGGGCGAAGCAGUAAAAAUGACUCUCGUCGAGACUCGAAGAAGUACAGGGAAAGUCGCUCAGAUGGGGGUGUCUCAAAUGACACCAAGAUGGCGACUCAGUCCUUAGUAGUUUCCGAUUCGAGCGAAGAGUUCAUGGCACCAAGGUCCACUGCGGGCUUCAACCCAUCAAGGAGUGUCAGUCCAGCAACUACCAAUUCCCCUUCUCGAUCUCGUAGCCCGAUGCCAAUGCCAAACGUGAGUCCACCAAUUGUUCACGGAUCGCCAGUGCAAAUGGUCGAACCGUCCGCACCAGUUACCACCUCAAGUAUGGUAGAUCACACCGGCACUGUAGCUCCAGCCCCACCAACUACCUCUGCGAGUAUGGUAGAACGAACUAGCACUGCAAGUUCUCAAGGACGUCCAUCCAAUCAGAGCCUCUCGGCUGGAAUGGAUGGGGAAAUUCGAGCAUUGCGCGACGACUUGGAACGCAAGAAGCGUGCUGUCGAGACAAAGGAUAACGAGAUUGCGCAAAUGAAAAAUCAAAUUGAGGACAAUAAGGAAGAAGUGAAGGCGAUGCAUGAUCGAAUGCAGGGUGGUUCAAGUGCACCGCCUACGAACGAACGCAAAUUGUCCGAAAAGCGAGAGAAGGUGCAUCGGUUAAAGGAAAAGAUUGCCGAGCUUCAGGCAGAGCUGAGAAGGGCAGAAAAAGAUGUUAAGAGAUUAGAAAGCGCCGGUUCUGGCUCCGAGAACAUGAGUUCGGUUUACACUCAAGAUCAAAUACAAUCGAAAGAGGAGGAACAGAGCAGUUUGCAAUUUAUCAUGGAAGCCUUGGUCGAAGAAAAGAUGGCUGCACAACGUGACGUUGAGAAUGCUGACUCUGAACUAAAGUCCAUGGAAACGAUUCAGAUGCUGGCGCAGAAUGAUAACAUUGGUUAA